AACUCCUUUCUUGUUUGUUCGACGGUGCAGUUCGCGGCCGACCCUCCAAGAGAUGAUUAGUCUAAAUUGUGGAUGAUGGAUUUUCAUGUCUCAAAGAUGAGGGAUUUGGUGGCGAUACUUCUGUGUUACGCGCUCUUUCACGCGGUUUCAGGUCUCUUUUACAACCCUCCUGACGGUGCAUUGAUUGGUGAAUCGAAUCUACCUCGCUCGUGUAAAUGGUGGCGAACACUUACAUGUCCUGCACAGGGGCCAAAGUGCACCUCGGACAAGGACUGUCCUGGACAGAGCCAAUGUUGCCUGCACACUUGUGGUACCUACUGUACGACAAGAAUACCUUCACAUAAAGAUCCUUGCGUAGGAAUCACAUGCGGUCAUGGAGAGGUUUGCUUCGUUGAAGGAUCCAGGCCCAGAUGCGCGUGCCCGCCUCGCUGCAUUAAUCGCCGCAUUCAACGUGUAUGUGGUACUGAUGGUAUCACAUAUAAAAGUUACUGUGAGUUGAUGAGGACUGCCUGUGUUAUUGGCGAUAAGACAUUGAUAAAGAAGCAGGAUGGCCGGUGUGGUUCUAUACCCCCUACUCAGCCUCCAGCUACAGAUCCUCCUACACCCUCUCCCACAGAACCAGCCCUGAAAGUGAGCCCUCGGCACCGAGUGUAUCAAGAGCUUAGUGAAGGAAAAAGAGGAAACAUUUCAUGUCGAAUCGAAGGAAAAGUCACCUCCUACAGAUGGGUGUUACCAAACGGUAAACAACUUUCAUCCAGAGUACGCGCUGUAGGAAAUAUUUUGACGAUAAGCCCAGUCUUGACAGACGACGCUGGUACGUAUUUGUGCGUUGCACAGGGUGGAUCAGACGAUGAUCAGGUUGUUGAGGCCCGGGUGAAUGUAACGAUACAAGCCAUUCCCACAGCAGCCGACUUCUGUGACGAGCCUCGCGCAGAUGGAAAUUGUUCAAGUUUCAAAAUUAGAUGGCAUUUUGACAGCAACCUUGGAGAAUGCCUUCCAUUUGUGUACAGUGGCUGCGAAGGGAAUUCGAACAACUUUCUCAACAAAGAGAAGUGUGAAUCUGUGUGCAAACGGAAAGAAGUUCCAGACUACAGAGUAUGUCCUGCUCCCAUAAAGUCCUCCUCCUGUAUACGACGCAGCUCUAGCUAUGAAUGUUCAACAAAUGAUGACUGUCUAUCUGGAACAAGGUGCUGCUCAGUGGAGUGCUGUCCUGGGAGUUGUAGAAAAGAGUGUGUAAACCCUGUUUUACCAGCCAAGAAGGGCACAUGUCCUGUUCCAUCUGAUGACACAUCCACCUGUGUCGAGCCCAGCCACGAGUGCUCCAUUGACCAUGAUUGUGACGGCGACAUGAAAUGUUGUCAACAGUCCUGUGGACGAGUUUGUGUCGAGCCGGACAUUGAAGAAGAAGCGUGCAAAGCUAUCGUGGACUUGGCGUUUGUGAUCGAUUCUUCUGGAAGCAUUAGUGGUCGUAACUGGAGAUUGCUAAAGGCUUUCAUCAAGGAGGCAAUUGACGCAUUUGAUGUCUCUCCCAAGGGAACCCAUAUCGCCUCCGUGUCCUAUUCAACAAGGCCAGUGGUGGAUUACCGAUUCAACACUCUGAUAGGGGACAAACUUAACGCGCCAGGGCUCCACAAAUUUGUUGACAAAAUAAGACACCAAAGAGGAUUUACAUACAUUGAUAGAGCAUUGGCACUUGCAAACAAGGAGAUUUUUAGUGACAAGGGCGGAAUGAGGCAGGCAGUGAAAAAGGUUUGUUUCGUGAUAACUGAUGGUGCCCAAACAACAAAUGGUGUCAAGGGACCCUAUAUUCCACUGGACAAGGCUUCUCAGCCUCUCAAAGACAAGGGAGUAGACGUUUGGUCCAUCGGUGUAGGAAAAGGGGCAAAAAAGUCAGAUCUUGUGACGAUAGCAUCUGAUCCUGGAAAAGUUAUCAUGAUAUCCUCAUUCAAGAAUCUAAAGGAUAUCUUGGGCGACGUUCAGAAAGCCGCAUGUGAAGAUAAAAAGGAAACGAAGUGUCAGAGACAGUACUUAACUGCUACAAAGAACAAUGCCCCUGGGAGGUUUGUACCAAGGUGCAAACUGGAUGGCAGCUUUGCCCAUGUACAGUGCCGCGGAUCUGUGUGUUACUGCGUGGAUGAAGAUGGCAAUGAAAUAAUAGGGACGAAGACACCCCUUGCCUCUGGUAAACCAACCUGCAAGGAACCAUAUAAGCUGACACCUUGUCAAGAAGCGUACAAGAAAGCAAUUCAAAACCCCAAAGUUGGCAGUUACAUUCCCAGGUGUAAGGAUGAUGGUGGGUUUGAGAACAUACAGUGCGGAGGAACAUCUGGGCAAUGUUGGUGUGUAGACAAAGAUGGAAUAGAAAUACCAGGAACGAGAACAACCAGAAAUCUGCAAUGUCCCGAUCCAGCAACCCAACCUAAUUACACUGACUGUCAAAAACGUUACAUUGAGCUCUCCAAAAACCCAGUUUCUGGACAAUACAUUCCUUGGUGCAAACCUGAUGGUGGAUAUUACUGGCGUCAGUGUUACGGAUCUUACUGUUUCUGUGUUGAUCAGUACGGUAGAGAGGUCAGGAAUACACGCGUUUACAGCAGUAAUGGAACACCAAAAUGUUCCAAGGAUGGUGGAUUACUGACCCCAUGCCAGCAGAAAGCUCUUCCAUCGCUUAGUACGGCAGCAGGUUUCGUGUAUCGUUGUAGGAAAGAUGGAAGCUAUGAAGAAGUGCAGUGCCAGAAGAACGGCAUCUUCUGUUGGUGUGUUGAUGAGAACGGUAACGAAAUACCCGGAACUAGAAGCAGGAACCCAAUAAGAUGUCCAAGGAGAGGAGCACCAGUAACAGCCUGUUGGAAAGCGUACCAGGAUGCACUGAGGAGUUAUUCACCUGAUAGAUUUAUCCCGUGGUGUCGUGCUGAUGGUUCAUACAGCCCCGUGCAAUGCUACCGUUCCCACUGUUAUUGUGUUAACCGGAAUGGACAGGAGAUCGCCAACACCAGAACUUUCCUAGAGACUGGAAAGCCCAAGUGUACAUAUACAACUGGAUACCGUAAAUCCUGUCAACAGAGGUAUUGGCAAGCUGUAAGAAGUCGUCCGCCUGCAGCGUAUAUUCCAAGGUGUCGGCGUGAUGGGGACUACGAACCAAUGCAGUGCGACAGACAGUACUGUUGGUGUGUCGAAAUUCAGGGAACAGAGAUCAAUGGCACGAGAUCAAGGGGAACCGUUACCUGUCCUCCAUCUUACAGAAGGCCUCUGGAUUUUGGCUUCUUGGUGGACUCUUCAUCAGACAUAAGGCCCGGCGAUUGGCAACGGAUUUUGUGGUAUAUGCGCAAUACUAUUGAUGCUCUAAAGAACAUCUCCCCGGCACGUUAUGGAACAAGAGUUGGAGUCGUCAGUUACGCGUCUCGUCCUCGCAUACAUUUUGACUUCAACUUUCUCUGGGGUCCAAAUCUCAAUAAAGAACGACUAAAAGGACUAGUGAACUCACUUUAUCGCCUGCCCGGCACUGACAGAAGGAUAGAUACAGCCGUCGACUUUACGAGAGAUAAUCUCUUUAGUUCCAGGGGUGGAGCACGUCCAAAUUCCAGACGAAUUCUUUUGAUAAUAGUUGCAUCGCCUCAGGUACCAGGCUCUACUCAAGCCAACAUAAUACCCACAGCACGAAGGCUUCAGAAGGAUGGUGUUCAAAUGUAUUCAGUUGGAGCUGGCCCACGUUUCAAACAAGCCGAGGUGCUGGGACUUGCAUCAUAUGCUGAUUAUGUUCGGUCGUACAACUAUAUUGAGCUCCCUAGAAAUUUCUUCAACCCAGAUUAUCCAGUGGAUCUGGGUUUCGCUAUGGACUCAUCAAUACCCGAUGCUAUGUGGAGUAGUAUCCUGUUUUACGCCAUGGCAGUCACUGAUUCAUUUGACAUCUCCUCUAGUAGAACACGUGUCGGUGCUAUCGUCUUCGGCAAUUAUGCCAGGAUUUCCUUCCCAUUCGAUGCUGACUAUACAAGAGUUGGUGUAAAACGACUGAUCGAUGGUAUGCGGCAAUCAGACAGCACUGGACAGAGAAUUGACCGAGCUUUGCAGGUGGCCUACAGGGACUUGUUUACCUCUCGUUAUGGUGCAAGGACAGGAGCGAGACAGAUUCUUAUUGUGUUAUCUGGUGGAUCCUGGAAUCCUUACUAUCGCCCAGCCUGGAGGUCUGCCGCUGCCCAGCUAAGGACUAGUGGAAUUGACACCUAUAUCACAGGAGUUCUACCACAGGAUGGAGCUUCAUAUUUCCAAGACAUCAGCGGGCUCCCAUCCAAAGCAUAUUCUGCUUCGACAAAUCAACAAAUGAUCAGCUACAGACCUGAAAUGAUUAGACAGAUUGUGUUUGGAGUAAGACCACUGAAACUGGACCUUGGUUUUGUGGUGGACUCUUCGGAUAGUGUCAACUGGUCGAAAAUGCAACGUUUUGUAAUAUCCCUGGUAGAAUCGUUUGACAUUGCCGAAGACAAAGUGCGAGUUGGGUUUGUUUCGUUCAGUGACAGAGCAGUACUUUCAUUUUCAUUCAUUGAUCCUAAACGGGACACGUUCACACGCGACAGCAUCACGCAGCAGAUAAGAGGAAUAACUCAGCUUGGUGGGAAUCAGAGAAGAGUUGACCUUGCACUAACUACGGCAUAUAGAGAUCUAUUUUCCAAUCGUGAUGUUACCAGAAGAAAUGCCAGAAAGGUCCUCGUCCUCGUAACAGGGGGUGAUUGGGAUCCUCAAUAUCAGUCACAAUGGACGUCUUAUGCAAAUAAUUUAAGGAAUCUUGCCGUUGAUAUGUAUUCUUUCUCUGUUGGCUCUGUCCCAUUGCAAGAGCAGCUUCAAGAUGUAGUACCAUACAACAGGGACAUAUUUAGAGUCAGCUCUUACGACGCCAUGGACAACAGAAGACCUGACCUGGUGAAGGCUAUCCGAGGAGAUUACGUUCAACGGCCAGUAGACAUUGCCUUCGUGGCUGAUUCAUCAUCGUCUGUGAACUGGGACAAAACCCGCCGCUUUGCAAAGAACAUAAUUGACUCGUUGGAUAUCUCAGCGCAAAAGGGGCAUGUGGGCUUUAUAUCGUAUGGCGCUGAAGCUGCUCUUGGUUUUGAUUUCCGUGGCCAUGGAAAUGCCGGUUACACCAAGGCUGCCGCAGCGCAGUUAAUUGAUGCCAUUGUUCAACUUGGCGGAGAAGAGAGGAAUAUCAACGAAGGCCUCGAUAUGGCUGACUACAUGUUUAGCACCAGGGCAGGGGCAAGAGAUGACGCAAGGAAGAUUCUUAUUGUGAUGUCUGGCGGCCCGUGGAAAGACGACAGUGAUUCAGAAGCAUAUAGAAACAGAGUUCUCCGCUCUCUAAGGGACAGAGGGGUAGAAGUAUACUCUGUUGGUGUUGGGCCAUCAACCUCAUUUUUGCAGAUGAGGGAUAUUUCUUCUGGAAGGAGAUACUGGUUCCUAUCUAACUCGUACGACGAUCUACAAUAUGUUAGACCAAGGCUAAUACAAUCUAUCCGUGGAGACUACGAACCUCCUAUGGACCUUGGUAUAUUAGUCGACUCGUCCUCAGCCGUGGACUGGAGUAAAAUGCAGAGUUUGUUGAAAGGUUAUGUUGGAACAAGGAACAUUUCUUUCGAUGGUGAUCAUGUUGGCAUUGUGUAUUUCGCAUCAUCCGGCCAAGUUGCUUUACCAUUCCCCACUUCUAGCAGUAUAAACUACAAUAAAAAUCGCAUUUGGCAAGCAAUUAAUGACCUUAAACAGCAAGGAGGAGACGAUAGGAGAAUCGACCUUGGACUUGAAACUGUUGCCACGGACUUGUUUGGGCCUCGGAGUGGGGCCAGACGAGACGCCAAUCAGGUCCUGGUCGUGUUUGCAGCAGGUAGCUGGCCAUCUCAAUACAGCCAAGACUGGCAAGAAGCAGCGAAGUCUCUCACAGGCAGAGGAGUGGAUAUUUAUGGAUACGGUAUCAAACCAGGAGCACAAAAGGAGCAACUUCAAAACAUCACUCUGCUACCCAGUUACAGCUACUUGUUAGAGAGCUACUCUAUGCCUAGGGUUAUUCCAACGGGAGUAACAAGUGACCCUCGAGGGAUAGACAUCGGCUUUGUGGUGGAUUCUUCGAAUUCCGUGGACUGGAAUAGGAUGUUAACUUACAUACAGUAUUUGGUUGAGUACUUUUAUGAUGUGGUAAACUCGAACAUCGGUUUCGGAAUGAUAACCUACGGUGAUGGAGCUAAAGUUGUGAUGCCCCUAAAUUCUAAAGACACCAGAAGAGAUGUCCUGAGUUUUAUUGGGCAAAUCCAGAAACAAGGAGGAACUAGUGCAGGUUUUACUCAAGCGAUGCAGUUGCUUUCGAGCUUUUUUUCACCUCAACAGGGUGGAAGAGUCGGAUUAAGACAGGUGGUAGUUGUUCUGACGGCUUCGCCGUGGCGGGACCAACAGAGCUUGGACUGGCUGCGAAGUGUCCGGGAUGCCCAAAAUAGAGGCAUACAAAUUUAUUCUGCCGGAUUCGGGUCAUCUGUAAGACUACCGCAGUUGGCAAGCAUUGUGCGUAACCCGUCAAGAGAUGCCUACAUCAUGAAAUCGUAUGAUGACCGUACCGAACCAACACGCAAGCUUGUUAAUGAGAUUGCAAGAGGUCCUUUAACACUGCGUGCAAGACCCGUGGACUGGGCUUAUGUGGUUGAUUCCUCUGAUUCAGUAGACUGGAAUUCCUGGCGGAGAUACGUUUCGGCGAAUGCUCAGAGAUAUUUCAAGGUUUCCGACGAAAGGUACAGAGUUGGCUUAAUAACCUACAGCGAUGGCGCGAGGAUAGCUUUUCCAUUCAAUACUGCAGAAAGAUGGGAUUUAUUGAUAGACAGAACCCCACAACAGGGCGGAUCUGGCAGAAGAAUUGACCUAGCACUUCAACGUGCCAGAGAUGAGCUCUUUACACCCAGGCUUGGAGCAAGGGCAGAUGUCAGAAAGGUUUUGAUGCUCUUCACAAGUGGACGAUGGCCAUCCCAAUACAGAGAUUCCUGGAGGUCAGCAGCGCGACAACUGCGCCAGAGAGGGAUUGAGAUUUAUGCUGUUGGAAUAGGGUCAUCAGUUGACAGCACACAGUUGAAUGAUAUCACCGAAAAUGUAUAUGUGGGAGACGAUUUUCCUUCAGUUACACCUGACAUUGAUUAUGACACCAGAACAGUCAAACCAGGCAAGAAAUUGUCAGAAUGUCAACGACGUUAUCAACAUGCUAUUAGCCGUUACACCCCUCAUGCGAAGAUACCACAAUGUAAACCCGAUGGAAGCUUUGAGCCGUUGCAGUGUGAUAUGUCAUACUGUUACUGUGUUGACCAGAAUGGAGACGAACGGCCCGACACUCGUCUUAAUGUCAGAUAUGGAAGGCCCGUUUGUGAUGAGACAGGAAUAAAACCUACGGAUUGUCAGGCCCAGCAAGUCAGUUCUCAAGGAUCAAUGAUGCGUGGACCUGAAUGUAAACCAGAUGGAAAGUAUGAAGAAGUUCAGUGCAAGUCAUUGACUAAAGAAUGCUGGUGCGUAGAUGCGUCUGGCUCGGAAUUGACAGGGUCAAGAACUACCAAGUAUCUUAGAUGUCCUCAAGCUGGCAAGCCAGCAACACCAUGUGAAAAACAAUAUCAAGGACGAGAUCCCUCAAGCUAUACACCGCGUUGCAGGCCUGAUGGAAGUUUUGACAAGCUACAGUGCGCAAACCAAGAGUGCUUUUGUGUGGAUGCAAAUGGCGUAAAGAUAUACAGGAGUAAUGUGAUAUUAUCCAAUGGAAAGCCUAACUGCACUGCUCCACGGCCAGAUGGCAGAAGACCCUUAGAUGUUGGAAUCGUUCUUGACCAAACCCUUGCACUUGGAGCAGACGACUGGAGAGCUGUGCUCGAUUUCUUAAAAAGAAUUGUUAAUGGGCUUGAUGUUUCCGCAAAACCAGAUGGUGCAAGAGUUGGAAUAAUGAGAUACACAUCUACGCCGUCCAUUUCACUAUACUUUAACACAAUUAGAGAUGAAAACUUGACCCCUUCUACUGUCAACACCUUCAUCGAUCGUAUAACUCAGAUUCAAGGUGAGAGACGCAUUGAUUUAGCACUACCACUUGCUGCCACUGCUCUCUUUACCAGAAGGGGAGGAUCAAGACCAGAUGCCAAGAAGAUUGCCAUAUUGGUCACUAGCGGUCCUCAGGUUACGAAAGGGAGGCCAUUUGCUGAUCUUGCAGCGCAGCUCAACGAUAUUGGAGUGGACAUAUAUUCAGUUGGUAUUGGGCCAAAUGUGAUACCAUCGGAGUUGGAAGCUAUAGCAUCAAGGCCAGAGUAUGUCUUCAGGACUCAAACUAGUAGUUUGCCGAUACUUGCUUCUCAGUUGAAUGGUAUGAUACGUCAAGGCUACAUCCCAUCCUUAGACGUUGGUUUCCUAGCGGAUUCAUCAGAUACUGUUAACUGGCAAAAGACAUUGAACGCCAUCUCAGCUAUUAUUGCUAACUUCGAUGUCUCCCAAAGUGGCACCCACGUUGGCUUUAUCCCAUUCAGUUCAUCAGCUGCAGUGGCAGUUCCCUUCCCUACGGCGGGUGAUCGACCCUACAGUGCUGCCGUAGUCAGGGGGAGGAUCAACAGCAUUGCUCAACUAGGAGGAUCUGACAGACGGGUUGGCCUUGCAUUCCAGGUGGCACGUGAUGAUCUCUUCACUUCACGAAACAGAUCACGCCCGGCGACUAAACAAGUUGUUGUUCUCUUUAUCAACGGAGAAUGGCCGCCUGAGGACAAAUGGAUCUACCCUGUAACGCAGCUGAAGAAUAGAGGUGUCGAAGUGUAUGUUGUAACUACAAAUCCGUCAGCAGAUAAGCCUGAUGCCGUUAGAGCUGCAAGUAGCGGAAGAUUCGUCUUCAGAACAAACCCUGAGAGUGAUAUUGAUACCGAUCCCAAAAUUGCCUAUGCGAUUACAAACGAUCCUGAAGUGACAAUGUGCCAGAGAUAUAACAAUGGUGACGAUCAGUUAGUCAUCCCACAACGAUCAGGAUCAAAAUGCAAGGCUAAUGGAGACUACGAGGAAAUCCAAUGCGACGACAAGUCCAAGGAGUGUUGGUGUGCUGAUCAAAAUGGUUACGAAAUAACUGACACCAGAACAACUGGCUCUAUAAAGUGUCCUGCAAUAGGAGGAGACCCAACACCAUGUCAAAAGGAAUACGCAGAAAAGUCAAGAAAUUGGCUGUUGAAAGGAAGAUAUUUACCGCGGUGCAAAACAGAUGGAAGCUACUCCAAAAAGCAGUGCCACAAGUCAUACUGUUUCUGUGUCAAUAAGGAUGGCGUCGAAAUAUAUGGCUCCAGGAAGAAUGUAUCAGAUGGUGACCUCAUGUGUGGUCCUGAUCCAGCAUUUACAAAGUGUGAGAGGCAACGAGCUGAUAACUCGGCCAACGCAGCACCAGGAGCUUUUAUACCACGCUGUAAAGCAAAUGGAAACUUUGAACCGGCACAGUGUCUCGGUUCUGUCUGUUACUGUGUAAACAUCAAUGGAAUAAGUAUUCCUGGCACCAAAGUGAACAUUGGCCAAGGAAGGCCCAAGUGUGAAGAUCCAGACGACACUCUUAAAAAAUGCGAAAGGCAUGCCCAGAAAAGUCUGAUAGAUGGAGGAAAGUUUGUUCCAAGAUGCAAACGAGAUGGAACUUAUGAAGAUGUACAGUGUGAUGGAUCAAGUGGCGAAUGCUGGUGCGUUGACAAGCAGGGAAAAGAAAUACCUCAAACGAGGUCUAAAGAUCAAGUCAAGUGCCCUCAACAGAAAGACCCACUAACAUCUUGUCAGAAGCAGUACCAGGACAGCUGGCGAAACCCGGUCGCAGGCCGUUCUGUUCCGUUGUGUAAUCCGGAUGGGACUUACAGUAAGGUGCAGUGUUACCUUAGCACCUGUUACUGCGUGGAUGCAAAUGGAAAUCAAAUAAAAGGCACCAGUGUCAAUUCAUUAAGAGAUGGUCUGCCAAACUGCGAUGAUGAUGCAGUCAAACCGAAAUCGGACUGUCAGAAAAAACAAGCUGAAUCUCAGUCAUCAUCCUCUCUAUCACCUCGGAUCAGGUGCAAACCUGAUGGUUCUUAUAGUGAUGUGCAAUGUGACAAGUCAACAGAAGAGUGUUGGUGUGUGAACAAAAAUGGUGAGGAAGUUCUGGGAACUAGAAGCCUUGGAGUCGUUAAGUGCUCUGCAACAGUUCCAUUGUCACCAUGCCAAGAUCGCGUCAAGAGAGGGUCUGGAGGAAAGUUGGCACUUUGGAAUUAUGUUCCUUACUGUAGUCCGGAUGGAGGUUUCCAAGAUGUUCAAUGCAAUGCUCACACUGGUAACUGUUGGUGCGUCAACAUAAAUGGACUUGAGUUCACUGAGACCCAAAGCAAGAAAAUACCAAAUUGCGUCACUCCGGUUUGGUACACGCCAUGCCAAGCACAUAGGCAACAGGUUCUCGGCCCAACAGGCAAUGCUCCACUAGGUGCCUAUGUUCCUCGGUGCAAACCAGAUGGAAGUUACAAUAAUACACAGUGCCAAAGUGGUGGGCCAAUGUGUUGGUGUGUUGAUGCAAAUGGAAAGGAAAUCACGAACACAAGACAACCUGGAGCUCCAAAUUGCGACAAACCAGGAGAUACCACCAGUGUACCAGUAGAACUUGGCUUCGUUUUCGAUGGCUCAGGACAGAUCAGUCACCCAGAUUUUCUUGCCCAAAUUGAAAUUGCAAAACAAAUUGCUGACACCUUUAACAUCAGCGACGGGCUUGCCCGUGUUGGCGCCGCAACCUACAGCCCAAACAGUAGAGUUCUUUUCACUUUCAACGAUCCUCUUGAUGGACGAAAUCGUACACCUGAGGCAGUCAAACAAUUACUUGACAGAACUCCUCAUGACCAGGGUGCCGCAAGACUUGGCCAGGGAUUGCAAACAGUGGAUUCUGAUUUGUUUAGCCCCAAAGGGGGAAGUAUUGAUGUCUCCAAGGUUCUGGUAGUAUUUGUUGGAAGUGCCCAAACAAAGGACGACAAACAAAUUCCCUUACCUAAUGCUGUUGCUGGUCUUAUCGCGAAAGGUGUGGAGAUUAUCCCAGUUGGUAUGGGAAAGAACUUUGACCCAAAUGAACUCAAGGCUAUUGCAAGUGACCCAAAGGCUGUUUUUCCUCAGGAUGCUGUUAAUCCGCUGAAGAGGGCCGUCAAAAAGGCGGCUCUUGCUCCACCAAAAGAUCAAUUUCCAGUUGCACCAGAUCCAAAGGCAUGUCAGCUAGAAGUAGAAAAGGCUCUUAAAACCCCUUAUCGUCAGGACCGCUUUGUGCCGCGCUGCAAAGACGAUGGUAGCUAUGAAGAUGUGCAGUGUUCAGAGUAUACCGGAGAAUGUUGGUGUGUUAACAGCCUUGGGGUGGAACAACGCGGUACAAGAUCACAGGAAUUCGUUAGCUGUCCAGGAAUGGGCACUGAUCUAACACGAUGUCAACAAGAAUAUUUGCAAGGACGUUACAAACCUCUCUGUACUCCAGAGGGAUCCUACGAAGAUAUACAAUGCCAAGGAACUGCCUGCUUCUGCGUCAAUGAGAGAGGAGAUGAGAUCGCACAAUCUCGAACAGAGCUUCCUGUUAAACCAAACUGCACAACAGCAGACCUACAGCCCACGGUGUGCCAGUAUCAGCAUCGCCAGCAAACGAACAACGCGGCACCAGGAACAUUUGUUCCUCGUUGCAAACCCGAUGGGAGUUAUGAUGAUGUUCAAUGCCGUGGAUCAGUCUGUUACUGUGUGGACAGGAGAGGUAACGAACUGCCCGGAACAAGAGUGAGUAUUGGAGAAGGAUCACCCAACUGUGCUACCCCAGGUAAGAACCUUACUUUAUGCCAGCGGCAGUACCAGGAGUACUGGAGGUAUCCAGCCAUGGGCCGGUAUGUUCCACGAUGCAAACCAGAUGGUUCCUUUGAUAAUAUACAGUGCCGUGGACCAUAUUGCUUCUGCGUAGAUCAAAAUGGAAACAGGAGAGCUGGUAGCAUCAUGUGGCUUUCCGUGGCAAGUAGCAUAAUAGGCGCCGAUUGUCCAGAUAGUGAACAACCACUCACACCUUGUCAACAGCAGCAGGUAGAUUUCUUUUCCUCUCCACCGAGCCUCGGCAAGUAUCUGCCUCGUUGCAGUUCUAUUGGACGUUACCUUGACAUACAAUGUGGUGUACAGAACGAUGAGUGUUGGUGUGUUGAUGCAAAUGGAACAGAGAUCCUACAAACCAGAUCUCCUGGCCCUAUCAGAUGCCCAAAACCAGAUUCUGCGCCUGCGUGCGUUGUUAAUCAGGUUCAAGAUGCUGGCUACUUUACACAGUUUAUUCCUGAGUGCAAUGAGAAUGGAGACUACAAACCCGUGCAGUGUGACUACAGAUAUGGCUACUGUUGGUGCUCAGAUGAAAAUGGAAAUCCUAUACCAGGCACAACAGUAAGGGGCCAAGCUGACUGCAAAGCACCGGAAAAGUUGACCACGUGUCAAAAACAUCUUCACCAGUUGACUGGUUAUUCCAGUUUACCCCCAUCCGGAGCCUUUGUUCCAAAAUGUCGAAGUGAUGAUGGUCAUUACAAGUCACUUCAAUGUCACCGUUUCAGCUCUGUUUGCUUCUGUGUUGAUGAUUAUGAUGGUUAUGUAUUGGCAGGAUCAGCGGGUGUUCGCCAAGCAGCAGAGUGUGCUAAGUUUGGACAAAGACCUUCCCCACCUGCAGCACCAGGCAGCAAAGUGUAUCCUCACCUAGUUGGCCGUGCACCUUGUGCACGAGCUCGCAAACAAGCUCUAGGCGCGCUUACCGUGGCAACUGUUGGAGUAUAUGUUCCACAGUGCAAUCCUGAUGGUGGUUUUAACCAGAGACAAUGCCAUCCGUCUACUGGAUACUGCUGGUGUGUUGACGAGGCCGGAAGAGAACUGCCACGCACCCGCACCCGUGGGAAACCAACAUGUGAUAAAGAUGCCAGAAAUGGGACACGUUGUGAGAGGGACUUACUACGUGCUCGUGGUUGGCAAAUCAAUGGCAAAACAGCGGCAAUUUUUAUGCCAGAAUGUCGACCAGAUGGUAGCUAUGCCCCCGAGCAGUGUGAUAAAUCCACUGGCCAGUGCUGGUGCGUUGACAAGAAUGGCAAUGAACUUGUGGGGACUCGAGCAAACGGAAGACGUUCUUGCAGAACUCAAGUUGGCAAGACGAAAUGUGAAAAUGAUGCUGAUGCUGCUAAUGCAUGGGUCCCAGCCUGUGAUAAAGCUGGUAGUUACAUCCCCGGGCAGUGCAAUCAAGCAAUUGGCAGUUGCUGGUGUGUAGAUAGACUGGGAAGAGAAAUUCCGAGGACUAGAGACGUUUACAGCAAAGGGAGGCCCCAAUGCGACGUAACAGCUGGACUAACAAAAUGCCAAAAGGAACGACAACAGAACUUGGGAUGGAGUGGAAGACCAGCUCCUGGAGUCUUUGUACCAGAGUGCGAGACGGAUGGAGAAUAUAGAAGCACACAGUGUCACGAAUCAUCCGGAUUCUGCUGGUGUGUGGAUGCAGGAGGAUAUGAGAUCCCAAGAACUCGUACCAGAGGACGAGCCAUAUGUAGACCUUCAGUGACCAAAUCGCCGUGUCAGAAAGAACGUCAACGGCACCUCGGCUGGAGAGGCCCGUCUGACCGACCCUAUGAACCAGGCUGUGGUGACGAUGGUCUUUACAAGCCUUUGCAGUGUAAUACCACUCAUUGCUGGUGCGUAGACAGUCACGGAUACGAGCUUCCAGGAACAAUGAAGUUGAAAGGCUUAAGUCUCGAUUGCUCCAAAGCACCAGCUAAACUAAGCACGUGUCAGCGUUGGAGAAGCCGCGUUCUCAACCUACCUGGUUUCCUUGUUCCACCUGGAGUGUUCAUUCCUGAUUGUGUGCAGAAUGGAAGCUUUAGAACAGAGCAAUGCUCAGGCAGCACCGGACUAUGUUGGUGCGUCACAAAGGAUGGCUUUAUGAUUUGGACUACAACUACAAGAGGAACUCCUAACUGUAUUAAGAAGGGUCCAACUAAAUGUAUCAAAGAACGGCAGUUAGCGAGCACAGCUCAGGAACAGAAUGGAAAUAGCAAAACCUUUAUUCCAAGUUGUAAUCCAGCUGGUGGAUAUGAAAGAAUGCAGUGUGACAGCUCAGUUGGAGAAUGUUGGUGUGUAAACAAGAUGGGCGAUGAGGAGCCAGGGACACGCGUCAGGGGAAACAAGCAAUACUGUGAUGCACCAGCGAAUCUAUCACCGUGCCUAAAAGAGCUGCGAAGGGCUCUGGGAUAUACCAACCAGGUUAUAAAAGGACGUUUUAAACCACGCUGCAAAGUCGAUGGAUCAUAUGAAGAAAUGCAGUGUCUUGAGUUUGGGGUUCGUAACGAAACAUGUUGGUGCGUAGACAGUGAUGGGAAAGAAUUGGUAGGAACGCGGGUCUCAGGAAAAGCAUCAUGUGUCCCCAAAACUGCACCACCGUCGAUGUGUCAAAAAGAGCGGCGCCGCGCUCUAGGUUGGGACAACAAACCAAAGGAGGGCGUCUUUGUGCCUGAAUGUAAACCUGACGGGUCUUACAGUCCUGUCCAGUGCUUACGGUUAGAAGGCCCGUGCUGGUGUGUAGAUAAAAACGGAAAAGAAAUACUUGGAACGCGAAAUGAAAAAGGAAAACCUGUUUCAUGCCCAGACGACGAAUUUCUCGAAGGAAAUAAACCAACUCGCUGCCUGCUGGACAGAGCCCGAUCACUGGCAUUAAAUGUUCUGCCUUCAAAUGGCGAAUACAUACCAAAGUGUAGUGACGAUGGAGGUUAUCAACCAGUUCAGUGUCAUGAUGCCCUGGGACAAUGCUGGUGUGUGGACAAGUACGGCAAUGAGCUUUACGGUACAAGGCAGACGGGCGGAACUCCAGACUGCAAUGAUACUGCAGAUUCCAAGUUAACUCUGUGUCAGAGAAAGAGAAUGGAUCUCUCCCAAGGAGUGCGCCCAUUUGGCAGCUAUAUCCCGACGUGUUCAAAGGAUAAUUCAUAUGAGAAUGUCCAAUGUCACCCUUCAACUGGAUACUGCUGGUGUGUUGACCAGAAUGGCAAAGAGUGGCGGGGAACAAGGAAAGGCGGCAGGCCCCUGUGUGAUCAUACCGCUGGUCUGACCCCUUGUUUGAAAGACCGUCUUGAGGCUUACGGUCUCGACAUCGUACCUCCUCCCGGCCGUUUCGUACCAGAAUGCAAGCGGACUGGAGAGUACAAAGGACUUCAAUGUCAUGGUUCAACUGGGUACUGCUGGUGCGUUGAUAAAAACGGGAAAGAAAUACGCGGAACACGCAAAAGAGGAAGCCCACCCCUCUGUUUCCAAGACGGCAAGUUACCUCGCUGUCUCCGUGAACGUCAGUUCGCCUUAGGCUGGCAUGAUAUUGCAGUGCCCGGACUCUUCGUCCCUGAAUGUACAACGGACGGUAAAUAUGAACUAGUACAGUGUCACCCCUCAUCUGGAUUCUGUUGGUGCAGUGACAAGGACGGCCAUGUGUAUAGUGGUACCAAAGUUCGAGGAAAGCCAGACUGCUCCAACUUACCAGAUGACGUCAGUGCUUGCAUAAAGGACCAAGUUCAAGCUAGUGCAUGGUCAGCGGACUUCGCAAUUGUUUUCUCUCCUGAGUGCAAUCAAGAUGGCAGUUUCAAAACUGUACAGUGUCAAAAAUCUACUGGGUACUGUUGGUGUGUAGACCGCCAAGGAAGUGAAAUCUGGGGAACCAGAAUAAGAGGACAACCAAAUUGUGCUGAAUUAGACAAAAAGAAAACUAUCUGCGAAAUGGAAAGUAGCGAAGGUGCACAAUUACAGCAGACUCGUUUUCAGUUCACUCGCUUCGUCCCACUGUGCGACAGAUAUGGUGGCUACCGCAAAGUUCAAUGUGGAUCACUUGGGGAAUGUUGGUGUGUGGAUCGAUAUGGCAACGAGUUGCCAAGGACAAAGACAACAGGGAUACCUUACUGUGAUUCAGAUGCUGGACUCAAGAGAUGCCAGAAGGAAAGGCUUGCAGCUCUUGCAUGGAGUGGAACGGCCCCAGCUGGUGUUUUUGUACCUCAGUGUACAAAUGAUGGCGAAUAUAAACUUGCACAGUGUGCACCAUCCGGAGAAUACUGUUGGUGUGUAGAUCAGAAUGGCAAACCUAUUCCCAGGACACGCUCCAGUGACAAAAUAAGCUGCGCUGACACAGGCAAUUUGACUGCGUGCCAACGUGAUAGACUCUAUGCAGCUGGUAGAUCUGGCCAAUUUCAGCCUGAAUGCACCGAAGAUGGGAAGUACAAACCUGUACAGUGUGAGAACGGCAUUUGUUGGUGUGUUGAUAAGUACGGAAAUGAACUUUAUGGCACUAAGACUUAUGGAAGUCCGCAAUCUAGGUGCCCGGAUAAAUCAAAACCAGGUGUGAAGACAACCUGUCAAAAAGACCGUGACAUAAAAAGGCUACAACCAGUGGUUUCAAUGAAGAUACCAAGCCAGUAUGUAAGAGCAAGUGGUCCAUGGUGGUCCACAUUAAGAUGCGAUGUCAAUGGAGGUUACAGUCCAGUUCAAUGUCUCGCACGUACUUCAUUCUGCUGGUGUGUUGACAAGUACGGAAGAGAGAUACCUAGGACAAGAAUAUCGGGAACGCCCAGAUGUGGGCCAAUGGCCGGUCUGACCAUGUGUCAAAAGGAGCGUCAGGCGGCUCUUGGAUGGAAGGGAAUACAAACCAGCGGAAAGUUUGUACCUUCUUGCAAACCAGACGGAGAAUACGAUGUUGUUCAGUGCUAUCCGUCCGUUGGUGUGUGUUGGUGUGUUGAUAAGAGUGGAAUCGAAAAGCAAGGCACAAGGACGUCAGGUGUACCAAGCUGUGGAAUGAUGGCUGACUUGACCAAAUGCCAGAAAGAACGAAGAACUGCCUUGGGACCAUUAGGAAGUGCGCCCCCUGGACGAUUCGCUCCUGAAUGUGACGACAAUGGGAAAUACAACAAAAUGCAAUGCUACUCUGCAACAAACUACUGCUGGUGUGUGGAUUCACUUGGACUUGAAAUUCCUGGAACGAGAAAGAAGGGAAUGGUCAGCUGCCCCGAUAAAGCAGAGCCGAAAAAUUGUUACUAUGAUAGGGAAAGAUUGAUUGCAUCUGGAAUAACAGACCUUCCGAUGCCAGAUUGUGACAGCCAAGGAAAUUACAAGAAAGUACAAUGUAGCUAUGCUUGGGGGUUACAAUGCUGGUGUGCUGACAAGAAUGGAAAUGCGUAUUGGAACACCAGCACUUACAACAGUGCUCCAAACUGUUCUGAGGAAGUUUUGAGCAGGGUACCCACCGAGUGCCAAAAGAGAAGAGAUGACGUCCUGAACUUCCGAAGAAAAGAGACCAAAGUCAACAGAGAUGUACCACAGUGCAAACCUGACGGUAGCUUCGAUGACGUACAAUGUUCAGCGGCCACGGGAUCGUGUUGGUGUGUUUAUUAUAACAACGUGAUAAUCCUCGGAACAGAAACACAAGGAAAACCAAGUUGUCCUCGUACUGCUGGGCAAACCCCAUGCUUACAGGAGCGUAUAAGCUCAGAGGGCUACACGGGUUCAACUCUACCUGGGCGUUUUUCGCCAGACUGUGACAGAGAUGGUAACUACAAACCUUUACAGUGCCAAUUUUCAAUACAAUCUGGCAUUUUCCAAUCUGUAGGAGAACAACUGACAAAAUGCCAAGAACAACGGGAGCGAGCUCUUCAAAACAGAGCUCCUGGAAGUUUCAUUCCACGAUGUACACAGGAUGGUAGUUUUGAAGACAUUCAGUGCCAAGGCUUCGUAUGUUAUUGUGUAGACAAGGAUGGUAACGAGAUCUCGGGAACCAAGACAACCCUUCCCGACACACCCAACUGUCUUGUUCCUAAACCAAAAGAUGAUGAGCCAACGAAGAGCUUGUGCUUGGAAAAGUACCGUCAAGCAAUGGAAAACUACAAUAUUGGCAGAUUUGUUCCACAGUGCAAACCGGACGGACGUUUUGAAGAAGUUCAGUGUGGUGCUGGAUGGGACUAUUGCUGGUGUGUUGAUGCUACUGGCAGAGAAUUGACCGGAACAAAGAGAAAGGGUUGGCCUCAAUGCGCACCAUCUACUGGAGCAGACGUUGCUUUAGUUUUGGACUAUGCCACAACUCCUGACAAUAUGACGCAGAUAUCAGCAUUUACAACGUCUAUCAUUGAUGAACUUGAUAUUUCUCCAAGUGGUGUUCACGUGGCUCUUAUUACAUACGGGGAAAACACAAGAACAGCUCUCCAAUUCAAUGAUCUGCAAGGUAAACAAGACAGCAAGGAUGAAUUGAAGAGUUUCAUAGACACAUUACCGCCAAUGUCAGGUACGCCUAGGAUAGACAGAGCCUUGCAAGCGGCUGAGAGAGAGUUAUUUACAACAGAGGCUGGCUCAAGACCAGGAGUUCCAAAGUUCCUCGUUUUGGUAUCAUUGGACACAAAAACCAAAGACCCCCAGCAAAUACCUCUCAGUGAAGCUUCCCAAGGACUCAAGAGCAAGGGCAUCAAUAUCUACUCAGUGGGAGUUAAGCCUGGUGUCGAUCAAAAAGAUUUAGAAGACACCACAACGAAACCUUCCAAUGUGUACAUCAUUCCAUCUGAUCAGUUAGCCAACACUGGAAAACGAAUAGCCGAUACCAUUAAAGGAUAUGUGGAGGAUCCUAGCCGUCAAACAGACCUAACUGCCCCUGCUGAUGUCGGAAUAUUAAUCGCGUCUUCUCCACAAACAACACCAACGAAAUGGUCAUCAAUCCUUGAUGAUGUCAACUCUAUGGUGGAUGCCUUUCCGGUAUCUCAACGAGGUACUCACCUUUCCGUUGCAACGGUGGGCGAGGUUCCGAAAUUGGCUUUGAAAUUCAACACCCUCAGAGGAUCGGACUACAAUUUAUAUGAAGUCAAACGCCGGAUUUCUCAAAUUCCUUACGAGGAAGUGGAAACAACUAGACUGGAUGUUGGUCUCCAAAAGGCAGCUGACGAAAUGUUUGCAACACAAAGUGGAAUGAGAACUGAAGCUUCCAAGUUCUUGCUGGUAGUGGCAGACGGAGACCAACCAAAGGAUCAGCAAUCCACUCCCCUGGCAAGUGCUGCUCAAAAAGUAAAAGACAAAGAUGUGGAGGUCUUCGCAUUUUCCACGAAACCGAAAAGUGACACCAACAUGGAUGACCUUCGUAAAAUAGCUUCUCGCGAUGACAAUGUUUACGCUGUCGCACCCGAUGAGCCUGCACCUGCUAUUACCACCAAGAUCGCGAGCCAGGUUAAAACUCGCUUGAGAGAACGGAGCUAUCCAGUCGACAUUGCCUUCUUAAUUGGAUCAUCACCCUCAACCACUCAAGAUCAGUGGAGGGCCACCCUUGACUUUGUUAAGUCAAUUGCUGACCAAUUCCCGGUUCUUCAAAGAGGAGCUCGAAUAGGAGUGAUAUCGUUUGAUACGACACCGAGAGUCGGAUUUGCAUUUAAUGCUCUUACUGGUCCGCAGCUAAACAACUAUGAGGUCCGCAGGUUGAUUGACAGAGUUCCAUACAGCAAUGGACCCACAAGGAUUGAUAAGGCUUUGAAGCUUGCCAACACAUAUCUCUUUACACCUCAAGGCGGAGCAAGAAAGGACUCUCUUAAGCUUCUGUUUGUAAUCACAGACUCUGGACAAGACCCAGACCAAGAGCCAUCCACUCCACUUGACCGGGCAUCUUUACCUCUCAAAAACAAAGUGGUAGAGGUCUAUGCUCUGGGUGUCGGAGACAAGGUCCCCGAACAGAACUUGCGAGAUAUUGCGUCAAGACCACAGAACGUUUUUAGACCUGUCAGCUCUGUCAAAGACCUCCCACAGAGGCGCCCGACAAUAGUAGAAAACUGGAGAACAUACUUAAGAGGUUGGAUGAAGUUAUGCUUACCUCACGUUUGCUUUUAG